UCAAAGCUCCUCCAAAAUCGAAAUCAGAAAGCCGGCUAAUCUGGAUGAACAAGAUCAGGGUGCAGCAGCGUAGCCAUUUCCGAUCUUUCAUCUUCAGAGAAUCCAUUUUCUUUUCCCAGCCCGACAAACAAACCCACCCAACCCAAUUCCGUUUCUCGAUUUCAAGGUCUUCAAACCCAAUUUCAGUAGAGAUUCUGUUAGUCCCCACCAUUUCUGAGUGAUGGUUUUACGAUCGAGGAGUGUGGCUGUGGCUGUGGCUGUGGCUGUGGCGUAGAAUAGUUGCAGAGGAAAAUGGAAGAGAUGCCGGGGGCAUUGGGCACAAGCGCAAGCUUGGCACUCCGUCUUGGUCAGGCGAUCUUUGCCUCGGCUUCCCUAGUCUUCAUGUGUCUCGAAAUCGAGUUCUAUAGCUACACGGCUUUCUGCUAUCUGGUGACAGUCAUGGGUUUGAUGGUUCCUUGGAGUCUGACAUUGGCAGUAGUAGAUGGCUAUUCUGUUUUUGUUAGGCAUUUACCUCCUCAAACACGAGUAACGUCGAUCAUCGUCACUGGAGAUUGGGUUCUAUCAUUUCUGUCUUUGGGUGCUGCUUGCUCGACAGCCAGUGUCGCCGAUAUCUUGCUCGAAGCCGGGAUUUCGUAUUGCUCAGCAAAGCUUUGCAAUAGAUAUCGGCUUUCUGCAGUAAUGGCAUUCUUGUCUUGGUUUCUUUCUCUUGUUUCUUCACUCUUCAAUCUCUGGCUUCUUCCAUCUUUAUAGAGUCUUUCUUCUUAAACUCAUUUUUUAAGAACUGUAUAUGAAAAAAA